UCGAGAGUUCAGCUUGCCUCACUAAUAAAUGGCGCAGAAUGGAAAGAACACCCGGGUAGCUUGUUGUGGAUAUUUCUAUAUUUAGCAGAGAUGCUGGGGCUGUAUGUUAUACUGUAAGCACGAGAAUAACCCAGUGCAUGUUGCUUUCAUUAGGGUACCGAAAUCAUUGUAUUUUAUCUGCAAAGUACCAGUAACCUGGGUCCGUGUGUUGAUGUGCUGAUGUGCUGUUCUGUCCUGCAAUGUCUGAAAGCGACUUUUCAAAAGAAAACGACUUGCUCCACGAAUGUCAGAGCUUCGAGGACGAUGAUAAAAGGUUAAAGAGAAGAGAGAAGAACAGAGUAGCUGCACAGAGGAGUCGGAAAAAGCAGACGCAGAAAGCAGACAAACUCCACGAGGAGUAUAAGUGCCUUGAGCAUGAGAACUGCUCCCUGAAAAAAGAUGUGGAGAAGCUAACCGACGAGCUGAGGCGUUUGACUGAGGCAUUAAAAUCCCAUGAGUCAAUAUGUCCCUUAAUACACUGUGCCAUAAACUUAAUGUCUGUGCCCCGGCCAGAAGUCAUAAUGCCAAGAUAGAGACAAGUUGUUUGUUUUGUUUCACCCAAAUGCAGGAACUUUUCAAGUGAAGAGGUGCAGAUAGUUUCAGCCUCCUCAGAACAAGUGCUACAUUUCCAUCUGCACAAUGAUACUAGUCUCUCAAAAGCUCUCAUCUUGUUCCAACUGGUGUGCCGUCAGUUCCAUCUGCAGUCUACAAUCCAAUCUGCAGCUGGAUGUUAAAAGAUCACCUGUAUGCAUAACAUUUGUGUGUUAUUUCUGUUUGUAAGAUAAUUCAAUAUUCACCUUCCUAUGUUCUGCCUACAUGUAUUUUUUCCUGCAUUACGAGAUUUAAAACCUCAGGUAACUUCCAUCAGUGCGAGUUGGAGAGAUUGAUUUCCAGCCCGCAAUCCUAACAGGGUCACACAGAGUGCUAAUUUAAAUCAAUUUGCAAGUCUGGUUUCAAAUCGCUUUUAACCUAGCAGCAGGUGAAAAUGUGGCAACAUUUAAAGUGUUUCUUUGUUUGGAAGCCACUGCUGUUCCACAAUCAUUUAUUUUUGCGUCCAGAUCUUUUGUAGAACACU